AUGUUUCGAGACCGUACCAAUCUCUUUCUCUCAUAUAGGCGGACGAUUCCGCGGGCCAUCCGGACAACCAAUGAGUCACGUUUUGAUUCUCUCAUAGAAGAAGAGGAAGGCUUGAUAAACCAACAGAGUAGAAGGAAAACCAACAAGUACCGUGAUACUGAUGAUGGAAUUGAAAUGAAACCGGUGAUUCCUUCCCUUUUUGACAUCGCCCAAGAGUUGGACUCCCAUUUAGUCACGAUUAAACGAGAGACCAAUGAGUUGCUGGCUCUCUACAAGAGACUUAUCAUAGUGAAUAAAUCUGACAAGAAGUCAUUAGAGUCUCGAAUUGAAAACUUGAACUACGACAUCUUGAAAACAUUUGAAAAGUGCUAUAUACUCGUGAAAAAAUUUGAGUAUUUGAAUGUGAAUCAUGACCGUUUAGGCUUGAAUUACACAGAAAACGACUUGGAAAUCUUGAACAACUUUAAGAAAACAUAUGCUACGAAGAUUCAAGACAGUUCGCUCAUUUUCCGGAACCUUCAGAAUAACUACAUCAAGUUCUUGCGAGACGAUGAAGAUGAAAUGGAUUCGCUCAUUACUUCUAGAACGAGUAUGGACACAAACACAUUACUAGAUGAAGAAAUCGACAGAUCUCAACAAAUCGAAAACUAUCUGAAACAGGUUCUUCAACAAACACAACGAAAUCUGAAUCAGAGUUAUUUACAUCAACGAGAACAAGAAAUUUCGAAGUUGGCCAUGGGAAUUCUUGAGAUUCUGACUAUCUUCAAAGAGAUGGAGAGUCUUGUCGUAGAUCAGGGAAGUUUGUUAGACAGAAUAGAUUACAACCUACAGAACACAGUACAUGACUUGAAACAGUCAGACAAGGAGUUGAUUAAAGCCAAACAUUACCAGAAGAGAACAACCAAGUGUAAAAUCAUCUUCUUGAUGAGUCUCAUCGUGUUCGUUCUUUUUAUCAUCGUGUUGGUGAAGCCUCAUGGAAGCACUACUGUUGUAGAGAAACCAAAACACCCCCCACAGCAAAGUAUACCAGAUCGACCUACCAUAGAUAAACCUGUCGAAGGCAGUAAUGUGAUAUAG